AUGAGUUACGAGACAUUAUUUAAACUUCAUAAAUCUUCAGCCCAGUUCCAAUCGUUGGUUCCAUUGGAAAAACAACCAUAUUUCGCAGCUAUCUCACUUCUGUUGGCAAUUGCCUUUAUAUCUCCAUUGUUACUCUCAUCCGCACUUCCAGAAGAAUACGAAGAAAAGAAUAAGGUUAAACCUUUUUCUGUGUACGAAUUACUAAAGGUUAUCAUGUUAGGGGGGAUUGGCUCCCUAUUCUUCGGUAUCAGUAUCGUAUUUUUAACGAACUCAUUUGGGGUUUACGUAUGA